UUCACCCCACUAUCUCCCUCCCUUUGGGUUUCUUCUCUGCUUAAACCCCUUUUAUCUAUAUGGAAGAGGAAGAUCAAAAAGAACUGCAGCUGCUCCCCAUUCCUCUCGCCAUAGCUUCAUCAUCCCACAUGUCAUCUAGGGCUUCUGAUUCUUCUUCACUAAUGUAUCGAUCGACAACGGCGGCCAACACUGAUCAAUACGAAGGGCCUUCACUUGACUUGCAACUAUCAAUCAGUCUAAGACCAAUCGAGCGACCAUCAAAUUGUGUUCUGGAAGGCUCCAUUUGUGACUUUGGUGAUGGUAAGGCCGAAACAAGCUGCGUCGAGUCUUUGAAAUGGCAGGCGGCGGAGCAAAUUCGGUUGGCAGCUAUUGAAAAGGCUUAUGCAGAGAGAGUGAGGGAGUUUACAAAGAGGGAAAUGGAGAUGGCACAGUCUGAAUUUGCAAGAGCUAGGCAUAUGUGGCAAAGAGCAAGGGAGGAAGUGGCAAAAGCUGAGAGAAUGAAGGAGAGAGCGACAAGGCAGAUAGAUUCUACGUGCAUGGAGAUUACUUGCCAGUCUUGCAGGCAAAGGUUCAGGCCUUAAUUUUUUUUAUAUAUCAAACCCUGCUUGUUUAAUUAAAGAUAUAGCCGAGUUUUUUUUUUUUUUCCAUUGCCAAGUUGUUGUUUGAGGGGUUUGAAAAUUUGUGCAUUGGAUGCAACUAAGAGCACAAUAAAAGCAGAAUGAGAACUGUGCGAUGUGUAUUGAUGAAAAAUUGAAAUGAGGAUGAUGGAUAUAUUUUUCCAUGGAAUUUGAAUUCCAAAAUUCAUCUUUCAAUUAUAUUUUUGUUGAUGCUUUAAGCAAUGUUGAUGAUAUUGUCAAGCUUGGCCUUCAUGAAUGAGCAAUUUGAUCAACAAUAUCAUCGAUCAAACAGCAAACUGAGAUAUGCUCGAGGUUCAAAUUUUACCAGGACAACAAAGAGGAUCAUAACAAUGGCAUGU